CAGAAGGACUGUCAAACAGAGUCAAACGAGAACGCGCGUUUGUUAUUACGAAUGAACAGAACAAAGCACAGGUACAUGAAACCGGUACAAACAAAAUACUGCUGCCUACCAGGCCAUAACAACACCACUACCAGCGCGCUUUGAGUGCAGAUCUUCACUGAAGGGCUCUUCUUCCAGUUGCGUCAGUUGGCGCAUCAGUCUUGAUCUAAACUCUGACUGAGUUUGCUGUAAAAGGUUAUUCUUGUAAUAAUUAUUUCAAUGAAAAUCACAUUGGGGUGAGCUAGAUGCACUGCUUGUUUACAUCUAAGGUUAAGUCCUAUUGACAAGAGAAAGAAAAUGUCUUCGUUUGACGAUCCCCGGGUCAACUACAAGUUCGUCGCGCUGAUUGAGUGCUAUCCGUGGAUCUACGACACAACCCACCCGGACUACGCCAUAGCGGAAAAGGUCGAUGCAGGGUGGCAGCAGGUGGUCGAUGAGCUAGGAAUCGGAGCUACCAUACAGGACUGCAAAGCCCGCUGGCGCAACAUCCGCGGACGGUUCACAAAGUACAUCAAGGCGUUCUCCGAGGACAGCACAGUCACACCGUACUACCUGGCCAGUGCGCUACGGUUCGUGCUUCCCUUCAUGAAGAACCGCCUCUGCCUCACCGAUGCCCAGUUCGAACAGAUCGGAACGGAACCCGGCGAUGUUUCGGACAACAGCCAUCUUUUCACGCCGUCGAUCACACUCGGUGAGGUGGAAAUCAUCGAAUCGUCCGACGAGGGUGAACUCGACCUGAAACCUGCCUGCAUCGAGGAGGAAUCUCUGCUCGUAGAACCGGUCAGUGAGGCGAGACCUACGGCACGGAAGCGACCAUCGCCAGUGCCGGUGGAGACACCUCAACCGGAGAGGAAAGAGUCGCGAAAGCGACCUCGGACGGUUCAAGAACCGGAGCCGGCGUCCAGCUCAUAUCCGGCGACGUCCUCGAGUCGAAGCGAUGAAGUCCGGUUCAGCCACAGCUCAACGACGAUCGACUUCGAUCCGAACAGUAUGCAACGGGACUGUGAUGUGAUGUUUCUGCUGAGUUUGCUGCCGGAUUUUAAGAACAUGAACGAACGGCAGAAGCGGAAGUUUAAGGCGGGCGUAAUGAAUCUGACCUUUGAUAUCAUGGAGGAGAAUUGAGAUCUGUUUGAAUUUUGACUAAUUUAUGUUAGCGAGAUAAUAAAGACUGACCAUUCGUUUUGACUA